AUGGAGGUAGACGAGGCCGUGUUUGAAGAGCACCCCAGAGUGAUCUCUGGUGAACGCAAUGAAGACGUUCAUCGGGCAGAAGAGGGGCCAUCUCACAGUCCCACUGAGCAGAACCGUACCUUCGAGCUUCCUAUUCGUGGCUACCCUCAAGUUCGUCCCCGCGUCGAUCCUUCUCUUGUGAUCCUUGCAGACCCAAUCAUGGCUCCAGCUACGGAAGCCGUUACGGAAGAGGCCUCCGCACUGGCUAAAUCUAAUAUUUCGGGCGAAAGCCCAUAUGAGUCCCGUCAAACUACCACCGAGGCUCACGGGUCCUCCACUCCCGAGUGCCUCAGUUCGCCGCCCACUACUACCAGCCCCGAGGAAGAGUCCCAGUCUCCUACUCGAGAAGAUGAUGACAUGCAGAACUAA